AUGGCACACGUUUCAACAAGAAGCGCGACUUUGCGUAACCACUCCUUGAUCACGCUUUUCCAUGCUGCAGGGUCUCUAUCCUUCAUUUAUAGCUUUUACCUCCUUACGACUUGGGACUCAAUCUAUGCGCGAGCUUUCGGGUGGUACUUCCAGUUCCUUACGGUUAUAGGCGUCGCUACAUCUCUCAUCACAUUUGUCUUCGGACUUGCUGCCGACCUUACGCUCCAAGAUGUGUUCUUCAGGGCUAAAAACGCUGUCACCAUCCUUGCGACGCCUUUAGAGGUUCUCGUUACCUUUCUAUAUUGGUCCAUACGAUCGCAUGAUCCUGCGUUACUUAUGUCGCAAGAGCUAUUUAAUGGACUGGAUCCGUGGCCAGAUAUUGGGUUCCAUAUUGCGCCGGCAGCAUUCUUAGCAGUGGACUUUUUACUGCUAAGCCCACAUGCCAUCAUCACUACACGCAGCAUGUUAUCCCUAAGUACGAUCUCGGCUCUGCUAUACUGGUGCUGGUGCGAGUUAUGCUUUUCUCAGAAUGGCUGGUAG